GCUAGAUAAUUAACAGCAAAGACCCUAUUGUAUCUGAUGCAUUAGGUAUUUCUCGAGAGUAGGGUCGCCUAAUGUUUUUAUCUUACCAUAUUUAAAAAAAAAAAAAUUAGCUGCAACUCUACCUUCCAUUAGGGAGGUCGUGCGUUCUUCUUGUACUUUGCAUUAGUUGGGUUGGGUAUUCCGGAUGUUGAGAGAAGAGAUCAACAACUUCUAUCAUCGGGCCUUUCUAGUGUUCGAUCGAGAUUAAAAAUCAUACCUUCUUAUAUGAGUUGUUCAUAUCUUUUUAAUAUUCCCCAAAGAUAACCAAAUAUCUAUCUUAUGGAAAUCCUUGUUUUUGUUUCCUAAACCAAGUGUAACUCUUCCAUAAACCAUUAUAAAUACCUCCCUCUUAUACCAAGUUGAGAACCUUUCUCCCUCACUUUUUGUGCGCCACUACAGCCGUCGUAUUUUGGCACAACCUUGCUCCAUCUCUUCCAGUUUUGUAUUAAUCUUCAACAAUGGCAGAGCAUCAACCACCAUCUUCAACUCUAACCGACAUGAAAGUCGCGAUGUUAGCACUCAACAAACUCGGUGAAACCUUCAAUAGUUUCCAGUCACAAGCAUCCUCCAUUUUCUCUCUCACCGAACAAUGGAGUAGCUUGCAGAGUUCCUUCACCAUGGUUGAAGCUUCAUUAGCGAGUCGUGCGAAGGAACUCGAGUCAAAGGAGAGAGAAUUUAGUAGCAAAUUACAACGAGUUGAGAAUUUCAGAAAGGAAGUUGAGUUGAGGCGGAAAAAGGUUGAAUUAGAAGAGAAAUCAGUGAUUGCUAGGGUUAAAGAAGUGGAGAUGAGAGAGAAAGGUGUGAUUGAGAGUUAUGAAGUGAUUGAGUUGGAGAAGAGGCGGAUUAUUGAGAAUCGUAAAGUAAUUGAUGGUAUGGUGAAGAAAUUUAGGGAGAUUGAGGUGAAGGAGAAGGAAAUAAAGUUGAGAGAAAGUGAAAUUUGUGAUCGAUGCAGAGUGUUGGAGAUGAGAAAGAAGGAGUUGGAUGAUCGUUGCGAAGUUAUCGAAUUGAAGGAGAAGGAAGUGAGUGAGAGUUUCUUGGUUUGUAAAAAUGAUCUAAAAUUGAAGCAAGAUGAAUUGAUCAAGAGUCGAAAAUCGUUGAUGUUGUUGGAGAAGAGAUUGAUUGAGCAAUGUGCAGCAUUGAAGUUGAAAUCGGAGGGAUUGAUUGAGGGAGAUAAGGUGUUGGAGUUGAAAGGGAAGGAAAUUGAUGAGAGUCGUAAACGGUUGGAGUUGAUGAAGGAGGAGGUUGAUGAAAGGUGUGGAGUUGUAGAAUUGAAAGAGAAGGAAUUGAGUGAAGGACGACACCGAGUGUUGGAGUUGAAGGAAAGUGAAAUUAAUGAGAGGUUUGGAAGGUUGGAGUCGAUGGAGAAAGAAGUCGAUGAACGUUUGCGAGUAGUGGAAGUGAAAGAAAAGGAGAUAAGUGAAGGUUUCCGAGUAUUUGAGUCGAAAGAGAAUGAAUUGAGUGAAAGAUUGCGAGUGUUGGAGUUGAAGGAAAGUGAAAUUAGUGAGAGUUUUGGAAGGUUAGAGUCGAUGGAGAAAGAAGUUGAUGAACGUUUGCGAGUAGUGGAAGGGAAAGAAAAGGAGAUGAGUGAAGGUUUUCGAGUAUUGGAGUCAAAAGAGAAGGUAUUGAGUGAAAGAUUUCGAGCAUUGGAGUUGAAGGAAAGUGAAAGUAGUGAGAGUUUUGGAAGGUUAGAGUCGAUGAAGAAAGAAGUUGAUGAACGUUUGCGAGUAGUGGAAGGGAAAGAAGAGGAGAUGAGUGAAGGUUUUCAAGCAUUGGAGUCGAAAGAGAAGGAAUUGAGUGAAGGACUCCGAGCAAUGGAGUUGAAGGGAAAUGAAAUUAGUGAGAGUUUUGGAAGGUUAGAGUCGAUGGAGAAAGAAGUUGAUGAACGUUUGCGAGUAGUGGAAGGGAAAGAAAAGGAGAUGAAUAAAGGUUUUCAAGCAUUGGAGUCGAAAGAGAAGGAAGUUGAUGAACGUUUUGGCGUGGUAAGAUUGAAAGAAAAGGAGAUAAGUGAAGGUCUUGAAGGAUUGGAAUUGAAAGAAAAACAAUUUAAUGAGAGUUGCAAAUGGCUGAGGUUGAGAGUGAAAGAAGUUGAUAAACGUUUAGAUAUGGUAGAACAAAAAGAAAAGGCAAUGUGUGAAGGUUUUCAAGCAUUGGACUUAAAAAGAAAGGAAAUCAAUGAGAGGCGCGAAAGGUUGGAGUUGACAGAGAGGGAAGUUGAUAAACGACUUCAAGCAGUAUAUUUGAAAGAAAAGGAUAUAGUUGAUGGUCUCCGAGCAUUGGAGUUGAAAGAGAAACAAAUCAGUGAGAGUCGCGAAAGGCUGGUGUUGACAGAGAAAGGAGUUGAUGAACGUUUACAUAUGGUAGAAAUGAAAGAAAAAGAAAUCCAUGAGAUUUGUGAAAGGCAGGAAUGGACAGAGAAGGAUAUUGAUGAACGUCUCAAUAGAGUAAAAUUGAAAGAAAAGGAAAUGAGUGAAGGUCUUCGAGCAUUGGAGUCAAAAGAAAAGGAAAUCAGCGAGAGUUCUAAAGAACUAGAUUUGAUGAAGAAGGAAGUUGAUGAGCAUAGUCAAGCCGUAGAAGAGAAGGAAAAGGAAAUAAAUGACAGGUUUCGAGAGUUGGAGUUGCAAGAAAAACUACUCACUGAGAGUCGCAAAGGGUUGGAGUUGCUAAAGGAGGAUGUUGAUGAACGUUUUCGAACAGUAGAACUGAAAGAAAAGGAAAUGAGUGACCGUCUCCUAGAACUUGACUUGAAAGAGAAAGAGAUAAAUGAGAGCCACAAAGACCUGGAGUUGAGACGGCAGGAAAGCGAGGAGCAGUUUCGAGCUGUAGAAUUGAAGGAAAAGGAGAUUAGUGAAGGUUUUCAAGCUCUGGAAUGCAGUAAGAAGCAACUAAAAGAGAAUCGCGAAAGACUGGAGUUGAAAGAGAAAGAAGUCGAUGCAUAUUCGAAUGAAGUGAAAUUGGGAGAGAAGCGAGUUAAUGAUAGUGUUGAAGCUUGUGAACUUAGAGUGAAGCAAAUGAAAGAGUAUUCCCAAGGUUUGGACGUGAAAGAGAAGCAGGUAAGUCAGCGUCUCAGAGCAUUAGAUUUGAGGGAGCAGAAAAUAAAUGAGCACAGUCAAGUUCAAGAAUCAAAAGAGAAGGAAAUCAAUGAGCAGUUUCAGGCUUUGGAAUUGAAGGCGAAGCACAUUGAUGAGCGUUGCCAAAGUUUAGACUUGAAGGAGAAACAGAUUUGUGAGAGUUGCAAGGCGGUUGAGCUGAAAGAGAGGCAACUAGAUGAGGGUCUUCAAGCUCUUGAAUCGAAAGAGAAGCAAAUAGAUGAGAAAUACAUGGAGAUGGAGUUGAAGCAGAAGAAAGUUAAUGAUCAAUGCAAAGCAUUGGAGGAGAAAGAGAAGCAGAUAAGAAGACGUCGUCGAGCACUGGAUUUGAGAGAACAGCUAAAUAAUAAGCGUUGCCUAGCUCAGGAAGCUGAAGAUAAACAAAUCAGCGAGAGUUCUACAUUUGUAGACUUAAAAGAAAAGCAAAUGAAUCAGAGUACCAAGGUGGUGGAGUUCCAGCAGAAGCAAGUAGAUUGCACUAGUAAUAUGCAGGCUAAAGUUAUAUCGAACAACAAAUUGGUGGAUCGUGAUAAUGGCAGUGAGGCCGAGAUUAUUCAGCUUUGCAUGACCAUGAAUGGAAAAGCCUUGCGGAUGUUCUUGAAUGAGAGAGUUAAUGAGCAUGAAACAAUGAGGGAAGAAAUCAGUAGUGCACUUAAGUUGUUGAAAGACCCAGCAAAGCUAGUAUUAACAGCCGUUGAUGGAUUUUUCCUGCCUCGUCUAAGGAACGAUAAUUUGGCAUAUGAAGCAAAUGCUAAUAGGAAAAGUUGUGUACUACUCUUGGAGCUGUUGAUGAACAUAAAACCCUGUAUUAGUGAAGCUCUGAGAAAAGAGGCUGUUAAGGUAGCCAACGAGUGGAGAAAUAAGAUGAAGGACGAUGAAGGAGAAAGUGAUAUUGUGGUGCUGGGUUUCUUGUUGUUCUUGGUUACUUAUGAGUUAUGGUCAAACUUUGAGAUGAAAGAACUCCACAGACUAUAUAAGAUAAUCGAUCAGCAUAGCAUGGCACCAGAAUUGAGCCUUAGGCUUGGCGUUUCAGAAGCACAAAACGGGCGCUCCAGUGGGGCACAAUUUGAAACUGAGGAGCCUCUGCCAGAGACUUUGCCAGUGGCAAGUGCCAUCAGCUUGUCCGACGAUAUACAUAUGUUGUGCAGAAAUAUGGACACUAAUGGUGUAAGAUCAUAUCUAAUUCAGCGUGUCAAGGAGUAUGACAUGUUGGAUGAUAAGAUUUUGGAUUCUCUUAGGUUAGCAUCAGAUCCAGCAAAGCUUGUUCUGGAUAUGAUGCAAAGUUUAUACGAGUUGGACUGGAAAGAAGUUCCAGUGGAUGAUUUUGCAGCUGGCUGCAUAUUUAUGUUAGUACAGUUGAUGAAACUAAGGGCUAGUAUUUCCUCAUGUGUAAAAGAAGAAGCGAAGAAAUUUGCUGACAUUUGGAGAGGAUUUUUGGAGAAGCAGGGUAAAUAUAUGAAGAAUUUUGGCUUUUUGCAGUUCUUGGGUUCAUAUAAGUUAGUGGACUCCUAUGAUGCUGAUGAACUUUUUUCACUUUUUGUAACCUUAUUUGAUGAUGAUGAUGAUGUUGUUUAUCUGCCUGAUAAAAUUCCAAUUCUAUGCGAUGCGUUGGGACUGACAAGGAAAAUUCCAGAUCUUAUCCGAUCUCGGAUUUCGGGAGAUAAAUGGCUGCAAGCUGUUAGGUACAUAUGUGCGUUUAAUAUGCAAGAUGCUUUCCCAUUAGUUCCUCUAUUUAAUGCUAAAUUGGAGCAUAUCCAGAAGAGCGUAGAGGAGAUCCUCAAGAAAGGCAGCAGAACAGCUCAGGAUGAUGCUGCCUGUAUGGAGUUAACUGCCCUGAAAACUGUAGUUAAAUGUAUUUCCAACUUCAAGCUUGAAUCCAUCUAUUCACCUGCUUCCCUCGAAUCACGCAUCAAGUGGUUAGAAAAGGAUAGGAAAGAAAGAAAGAACAAUGCACAUACAUUUACAAUAGACAAGUGUUCAAACAUCGAAAAGACUGGAGUAAAGGAGAUGACAGCAGAAAUAAGUAAUUCUCCAGAUCUUCCCUCUGACCCCCAAUCUGAUAAGAAACGCCCUGUAAACUUAGCGCCACCAAAUGAAGGAAAGCGACCUAGGGUAGGUGUUCAUUAUCCUCAUAUUCCUAGCCUUUCAUUUGAACAGCCUUCCCAUGUCUACUCCUAUGGAUAUCCUGUUAGGCCACAUCAACAACCUUCACCUGCUAUGAGUCUGUCUGGCUAUCAUUAUGGUGCCUCUGGUGCCAUGUAUGGCUUUCCAUUUUAUACAAACUCGGGAGAUUAUGAGGUUGCUGGAAUUUACCCUGUUGGCGCGCCUACAUACUCUGCUGAUUCGAGGAGUCAAUCUCACAGAAGAGCACCACGUGAUGAUUUCAUGGCAGUACAAACAAAUGGUUAUUGGAGAUAAGGUUAAGUAUAUGAUUUUCUUUUGUACAUAGAAUUUGAUCUUCUAAGUUAAAGUACUCCGAAUGGCCACUCCUGCAAGAUCAACUGUGAGAUGAGACCAAUGUGUGAACUAUUGCUAAAGCCCAGUAAUAGAUAUCAAGCUCAUACGUAGCUAGUAGUAAUGGAAGUAUGCUAUGGUCGUUUUACUCGUGUACAUAUUCCUCUUGAACGGGCAGAUGUGUUUAUCUUAUUCUUUUUGCUCAAAUUGACCAUUCUUUGUGUAUAAUUAUAUCAACAGUGAUAGAGACAUAGAGUACAAAUGAAGGGUGCCAAAAAUUGCUGAACUUUCACUCGGCUAAAAUCGUUGGAAGCUGUGUAAGUAGGGGGUAAUUACGAGUUUAGCCGAGCUUGGACACGUAUUGAAGUUUGACUUUUCACCUUUACAUCCGAACUUGAUACCCAUCUCUAGUUUUCUCGAGUUGAAUUGUAUCAAGUUUAAUUUAGUUAAAAGUUAAAACUUAAUUUGAGUUUGUAAAUUGUGACCAAGCUAGAUGCCCUUCUAAAAGUUCAGUAACACCAGUGUUAAGUAUGCGCUAAUUUUUAUUAUUAACUAGUUUUUGAACCUCGGGUAAUUAUAAUUUUUCAGGUAUUAAUAUUUUAUUUUACAAUUA